GGCGGCCCCGACACCGGCACAGACCUUCCUGCCGCCGCCCGGGACCGGCGGCCACCAUGGUCCGCCUGCGGCUGCUCCGGGACCGCUGCUCCGCCGCCCUCGCCCUGCUCUUCGUCCUGCAAGAAGCGAGGACCCUCCCCUCCCCCAAGCCUGGCCUGCCGGCGGCGGGCGGCCAGCACGUGCGGACCAGGAGAUGCUCCUGCCACAGCUUCCUGGACAAGGAGUGCGUCUACUUCUGCCACCUGGACAUCAUCUGGGUCAACACGCCGGGCCUCAUUCCGCCCUACGGCCUGGGAAAGCGGCCGACGCGCAACCGCAGAUCGCCGGACAGGUGCGCGUGCGCCGCCUCCCGGGACCGCACCUGCAACACGUUCUGCCGGGCCUCGCCGCGGGACAUCGCCUGGAGGAGCGGUCUGGCCCCGGCAGGACCCCCGCGCCCGGCCCCCAGCCGGCCCCUGCCCUGGCGGAGGAAGCGCUGAGAGGGUCCCACUGCCUUCAGAAGAAACCGGCACAGAGGCCCCAUGGGUCCGAGCGAGGGGAGAGGUGGCCCCCAGGCGGACCUGGUGAGGCCGGACCAGGCACUGAGAUGGUGGCACUAUUACCCCUGAGCCCUGACCACCGUGUGUCCAGUGCUGGUCUGGGCUGAGCUCUGGUGGACACGUGGAUGCAGAAGGGGUGGAGGAACAGUUGAAAGGACGGACUGUUGGUCCCCUUGUCUCGUGGUAGGCCGGUGACAGCCCCUCGCCAGGCCCCAGAGGAGAUGGCUUGGGCCUGAGGUGGCCUCACAGGGGAACAGUGGCGGAGGGGCACAGGCCUUGAAGGGCUACAGCGGCAGAGAGGGACCGGCCUCAGAGGGCUACAGCAGCAGAAGGGGACCGGCCUAAGAGGGCUACAGCCGUGGAGAGGGCCCAGCUUUGGAGGAAGGGGAAGCCAGCAUCUCGGAUGCGAAGAACAAGAACCGCUUCAGAACUUGCUAUUAACCUCCCAUGGCCCCUGUCUCCUUCCCCGUUUCCAGACUUAGGGAAGGCUGGAGGAGAUGCUAGGCUCAGACUAAGGCCCAGGACAGACCCAGCAGGCAGCAGACCUUCCUCCCUUCCCCCACCCCCCACCUGCCCCCACAGGGUCCCUCUGUCCAUCUGAAGCAGUGGGUCUGUCUGGGGCAGGGGAUGGGGCACUGCCUUGGACCGAUAUUUAUUUGUAACGUUUUUGUCUUUUGCAUCCUGUAGCACUUUCCCUGCAAAGGCCGAUUUAUAAUAAACGUGAAAACUUCACUCCCCCUCGUCCGACAAGCAAAGGGACAUAUGGGGGGCUUUGGGAGCAGAGGGAGAAGAGCCUGGGGCUCAGACACACUGACCAGCGUCAAGCCCCACUUUGGCCUAUUUAUUUUCCCAUCGAGAGUCAGGAGCCAAUGGAUGGUCCAUGCUAGGUCACUGGAGGAGACCCAAAGAUGGAGAGGGCAAGUCAGGAGUUGUUGGAUGGUCCAUGCUGAAU